GCGCGCCAACCUGCAUCAACGUACUACGAUUGUAAAGCGAAACUCGUGACAAUAAAGAAAAAAAAAAGGUUUUGUUUAUUAAAAUUUUCAAGAGUUGUUAAACAGUGUGUUUGAUUAGUGAACGUGAAAAGGAUCUGGUUUUUUGUUACUACAGUGAAUUCUACCUGGAGUUUUUGUUUGCCGAUGGCGCUCCGGUAAUGACGAUGCGUGUGCGCGUGGUGGCGCUGGUGUGCGCGCUGGUGGUCGCGCAUGCCGCCGCCUACACCGUAGACUGCAACCACGAGUACACAGACUGCGACACAGAACUCAGUAAAAUAGCAAACGAUGAUGACGAUAGCCUUUCAUCACCAAACUCUGCUUCGGCACCAGUACCCGUGCCUCGUGCAGCAGCGACAAUUGCCCCACUUACUACUUCCACCAGAGACACCAACGAAAUGAACCUACAUCGCGAAGAUAUAACAACUAAAGCUACUGAAAUCAAAGACCCGGAACCGGCAGAAAACAAACAGCCCAGAUUAUUAAAUCUAAACGUAGAAGACUUGCAAAGUUUCGCAAAUGCUUUACACAAUGAUACAAGGAAAAAUGAAAAGAAAAUGCCAGAUCUGAGUGACGUCAAUCUCGAUGAUGAUGAUGAGGAGUCUCCAAGGAUGACGACUGAUGAACAUGAUCAUAAAAAUCAUAGAGAUAAACAAAUUGCGGAUAAGUUUUAUACGAAUCUUCAAGUGCCAUUCCACCCUUUGUUAUCCAUAGACAGACCUGCAUCUUCUGAAGAUACUGAUAUGUGUAAAGAGAAUGGGAUUCCAUAUAAAAUUGGAGACCACAUUGAGCGAGGAUGCGAUGAGUCAUGCGAAUGUACACUACCAGGCAUCUUCGAGUGCUCACCACGAUGCAAGCAUCCUUACAUACGGAGGGGGCGGAGGUUAAACGAUCCUCUAUGCUUCGAAUCGCCGGUUGAUGAAUGCUGCUCUAUUGUGGCUUGUGCUACGGGGAAUCAAGACUUAAAAAAGACAUUGGAAAUUUGUAAAUACGGCAAUGACUCCUAUGUCGCUGGCGCAAAGUGGAAUAUCGGAUGCGAACAACAAUGUUCCUGCGAGGCUAACUCUGUAGUCAUGUGCAAGCCGAGGUGCAAGAAACUUGAACAAUCCGACCAAUGUAUUAACGUCCAAGAUCCAAAUGACGAAUGCUGUGAGGUACAAGUGUGCGACGUCUCCCAUGAUGACCAUGAGGAACCUGUUGAAAACAUCACAACCACUGUUAAACCUGACACGACAACUUCUAGUAUUAAUACCACCAGUACUACUAGUGUCACGACUUCUACGAGUACUACUACUGAGUCAUACAAAGGCUUCGACGACUACGACUUGCAAGCAAGAACGUUCCGUCCACUAGUUUUACCAGAACCGAUUGGCUCAGUGAAAGUCUUACAAAAUAACAGCGUUCAAGUCAACUUAAUGCACAUGAAUAGUAGCCGAGAUCCCAUACAUUUAAUGCUCAGCAAAGAUGGUGGAAGAAAUUUCGAGGAUGUCGAAUUGAAGUAUUCUAAUUUGAUCCUUAAUUUAGAAGGAGGAAAGGACUAUAUUUUGAAAACGAAAGAGACUGGAACGAAGUUUAAUUUUACUAUUACGGCAACUGAUGUUGCUAAGGGAAAUUUUAGCAGUGCCGGGUGCUUUCAUGAAGGCACGCUAUAUUCUAUUGGUGAAGAAUACCACAUUGGAUGUUCGGAGCUUUGUGAAUGUACAGGACCGAAUCAGAGCGAGUGCGUGGAGCUUGUGUGCCCCUCCCACGUGGGAUUGGAAUUAAUGUCCAAGGGUUGCGUACGGUGGGCCCCCUCCCCUCCCCCCACUCCACCGAAUUGCUGCCCCCGGACUGCUCGGUGUAUCAGUGAUGGAACUUGCCAUUAUAAUGGAACUGCCAUACCCAACUGGACCGAAGUCCCCAUAACGCUGACGGGUUGUGAGCAGCGUUGUUUCUGCGAGAACGGCGAGCUGGACUGCCAAGAAGUCUGCACCCCUCUCCCGCCCAUUCCACCUCAAACCAUGCGCUGCCCCCCACAACACCGGCCGUCACCCGUCAACAUCUCUGAUGAUGACUGCUGUAAGCAAUGGGCUUGUGUUCCUCAUCCUGCCGAAGACCAGACCACGACUUUACCGACCGGUAUCAUAAACUACGUGACACCAGUCACCCCUGCAUUACCGACAACGACUAAAUUAUAUCUCUCGACUGUCUCUACGGAACCUACAAUUGACUUUUAUCGACACUUACACCCUGCCAAAUCCAUAUUAAAACACAAACCUUACCCAUUUAUUAAAGAUAGCACGAAAUACACAGCUGAUGUACAGAAAUAUCUCCAACAACCUACCAACUCUUCUAUGAGCAUUGAUUCAGACCAAAAUAUGAGAGUCCCUGGACCAAAAGCCCGUCCAACGAAAGUACAGUUAGACCAUCCAAUGAAGGUCCAAGUACAACAAAUACAAAAACCUUUACAAGCAGCUAUGAAUAAUGCCAAAUUUAGCCAUUAUAAUUACAAACCGAAAGAAAACUAUCCUGGAAACAUACGUAUUAUCGACAAUAGCAAGCCUAUUCAUCAUUAUGAUUAUAAACCAAAAAGCGAUUUUCCAAUAUCAGAUAUCGACAUGCAUGAGCUCAUCAAUCCGUCUAUACUGUUUAAAGGUGCAAAUGCGAUAAGUACUUUCAGUAAAAAUAACUAUCAACUACCACUCAAGAUAGAUGAGAUGGAACCGGAACCAUAUUUUGUGCCAGCACACAAUGUGUUUAAUAAUGAUUUAAAACCAGCAGUGGGAGAAGUUUACGUCCUUGAAAGCAAACCUCCUGUCGCAGCAGAUUCACCUACUCACCGUCAACCGUAUUACGCACCUAAUAAUAAUAGACAUAAUGUUCAUCAAGAACCCGAAACAGAGCCCUCGUCUAAGAAGCUGCUUUCAAAUCAGGCAAACCCAUCAUACAAAUUGCGAAAUAAAGAAUUAUACGCCAUACAUACUGAACCGCGUGGCCACGAAGCGUGGUAUGAUGAUAAGGUACAGGACAAUGCUCAUGUGCAAAUGACAGCACCUAAUCCUUACGAAAAUGUUUUACUUAGACCUGUAGACAGGUCUGAACCGACGCAUAGAAAGCUCAUGAACCCUCAGUCUAGAAAUAGUCCAUUAGAUGUGGAACAUCUAGUUAAUCAAAUGGAAGUGGAAGCAGAAGUGAACAGGAACCUUGAGCGAUCUGCUGACAAAUCCCAAAACCCAGCGGCAGGUCUUACAACAUCAGUGACCCCAACUCAAUCCAAUCACUCUCCUUCAGGAUUUUUGCCAACUAUUCCUCCCGAGAUCCAUUUCCCCCAAGACGAAAUCCCUGACUAUGAUCAGAAUAACCUUCAUCGUCCAAUAAACGCUCUGCCACCAACUAUCCCAGGAUUACCUCCAGGGCUGCCUGUACCUCCGAACUAUGGAGAAGAAAAUAAGAAACUUUCUGUAAUAUCCUUGCAAGCAGACUCGCCAACCAGUAUCAAGUUAUUAUUCGGGCUGCCACCUGUUUUGGUCGGUUUGCGAGGCAGCGUCGAUUUGCGAUAUACCGAUGAACCUGAUCAGGACAUCUCAGAAUGGUACUCGCAAGUCUUUGCUCCGGCUGACGAGGUGCUGACCACUCCUCGUCUGGAGUUCCGGCUGACCGGCCUAAAACCGUCCACAACUUACAAGAUCCGAGGAAAACUCUACCUUCAUAAUUUACCUGUGGAGCCUCAGAGUGAUAUUUACAGCGUCAGAACCCUGGAUAUGCCUUCUGUACCCACAGAAGAGAAGCGUCGCGAGAUAGACAGCAGGCUGAUGGUAGUUGAUGUAAACGACACUGUAGCUCACGUCAGUUGGCGACACUUCUCUGAGAGCGAGCUGCAGUACAUUGAUGGCAUACAAGUGAGGUACCGUCCAGUGGGCACGCCGAUAUACAGUAUGACAGAACUCUUACACCAUAGUAGAUCAGUAGCUGAGCUCCGGGAGCUGAGACCCGGUACUCAAUAUGAAGCUUCUUUGGUCCUGGUGCCACCGCCGCGCGCUACCACCGAAUUGAAGGAUCCCGCUUCUGUGCAGUUCGACACUGCUCCUUAUGUCGACCCUUACAACUGGACGGUAUCAAUCGAGGCCCGCGUAGUAGGCUCAGAUGCAGCCGAACUCACGUGGCACGGUAUUCCCUCUCCUGCUGAGCGGUGGGUGCGAGUCUAUCGAGCAGCGCAUGCAUGUGGCACGUCCAGACAUGAACACGAUGCCUUUAGACUAGCUACCAGAGAUCUGCCACCCACCAUAAUGUUGUCCGGACUUGAUCCUGACUCUAAAUGCAGGGUAUGGAUGGAACUGUUCCUGACAAAUGGCAAGAUCAAGACAAGCAACGUUCUAGAAAUCAACACAAAAUCACAAGACUCGCCAGAAGAAAUCGACAACGAAAUUGAAGCGUCGUCAAUAGCUGACAGCCGUGGCGGUGGACGCGGUGACUACUACGGCGCUCUAGUCGUGGUGGGCGUAGUAGCCGCGUUGGGUGCCCUUACCUCACUGCUGUUACUUCUCGUGCUCGUGCGCCGGCAUCGCCCGCGCUCCGUGCCUAUUACUCGGAACGAUAGCCGUAUAAAGCAGACCAUUGAAGCGUAUAGAAAUAUUGAAGACCCAUGGCACUCUGUGAUCAAUCAGUACCUUCUGUGCCAUCCGCCCCCCGCGAGUCGUCACUUCCCCCGUACGACAACCCGGCGUACAAACUAGAACUACAGCAGGAAACCAUGGAUCUCUGACAAUUAAGUUCCCGUGGGCACAACAACGGCGUCAGUGCCAACGGGACAAUGGUGUCAGAGCGCAGCGUCGACGUGCCAAAUGGGCGGUCGUUCAACGAAAUGGGCGUUUAAAUAACGAUUAAGAGACAAUUGGCAACAGGCUACACUCUUUUAAUAAUACCUUCUUCGUUUUUUUUUGUGUUCUAUACCUAUACAAUGGUAGUAGAGAAAGAUAUUUAAAUGUAUUUAGGAUGCUUAAUAUGCUUUAUUUAUAUAUUGGCAAAGUGACCAUAGAUAUUAGAUACCUUCCUAAUACGAUUACAUAUUAGAAGCAGAACCCACAAAACGUUUAGAAAAGGCAGCUUUUAUUCAAAGAUAGAUAGACUCCACAUUCCAAAACAUAUCGUACAAACUUUUUAUUUAAAUUUAUAAAAGUCUAUGGACAUCGACAAAUGAAUAUGUAUCAUAGAUUUUUCACAGAUGGAACAAUUCGUGAGGUCCGCUGGUUUGUUCCGUGGCUUGGUUGGCAUAGCGUCUGCCACGGUUUGCUAGAAGACGUCGGUUCGAAUCCGGCCGGAUCGAAUGAAUUUUUUCUAAGUGGUCGAUCUUUGGUUAAAAAUAAUUGAAUAUCAUGAUAGCGAAAUAUCCUAACAUUCAAUAAAAUUUAAUAACAAGAUUUUUCGAUUCAUUAACAUACAGGAAUCGAUUGACUAUUUUCUGGACAUACAAAAACUUAUCUUAAAAGCUUGCAAUAUUAAUUUUGAUAAUCUAUUCUAAUCUACUACGGAGUAGCAUCUGUUGCCAAAAGUCUAUUAAAAACGUCGUUGUAUAAACCGGCCGAAAAUUUUCGUCGCACCCUGUAAAUAGGUAUCAUGAACAUUUUAUAGGUGUGUUACGAUCGGCCAAGUGACAAAGUGUAGUAACACGAACUUUUUUAUUUUGGUGGUUAUUUUAGAGACUCGAAUUUGUAGUGAUUGUUGUAAGUGACAACAUAAUACGAGAUUAUAAUGAACAUAGCACAGAUUUGUUUGCAAAAACUAUGUUUUUUUUAUAUAAUUGACAAAUUUUUAUACCAUUCACAAUUUGAUUUGUUGCCAUGUUCCAUCAUCAUUAUUUCUUUUUUUUUUCAAAUGACUUGACUUUUGUAAUGACUUUUAUAAUUCUGACUUGUAUAUAGUGUUAAUAAAAGCAUUUGAAGUUUACCUACGUAAUAUUAAUCAUGUAACUUGAAGUGUGUUAGAAACUCGCUGUUUAUACCUACGCA